AUUCCCCAGCUUCCAUUUCUGUAGACUGGGGAAAUCUCGCCCUGGUAUUUGCAUUCAAAUAAACUACCUGGCCCUUUGUUGCCUCUCUUCGCCUGCUUAUUUCUGCUAGAAUUUAUCUUACACCUCGCAAUCUCAGGACCUCAUGGAGCCCAGAGGAACUACCGAGGGAGGCACAGGGAAGACUGAAGUAGCUGAGCCUUGGAACAAACUUCCCUGCCCAGCACCCUCACUAUCCACAAACCCUGCCCUCUACUCUGGGCCCUUUCCUUUCUACCAACGCCCUUCGGAACUGGGCUGCUUCUCCCUGGAUGCACAACGCCAGUACCAUGGAGAUGCUCGAGCCUUGCGCUACUACAGCCCACCCCUAACCAAUGGUCAAGGCCCCAACUUUGACCUCAGAGAUGGAUACCCUGAUCGAUACCAGCCCCGAGAUGAGGAGGUCCGAGAGGGACUGGACCACCUGCUACACUGGCUUCUGGAGCACCGCGGCCAACUGGAAGGGGAUCCAGGCUGGCUGGCAGGGGCUAUCGUGACAUGGCGGGGGCACCUGACAAAACUGCUGACGAUGCCAUAUGAGCGGCAGGAUGGCUGGCAGCUGGCGGCCUCCCGGUUCCAGGGGACGUUGUACCUGAGUGAGGUAGAAACACCAGCUGCUCGGGCUCAGAGGCUUGCUCGGCCACCCCUCCUCCGGGAGCUUAUGUACAUGGGAUACAAGUUUGAGCAAUACAUGUGUGCAGACAAACCCGGAGGCUCCCCAGACCCCUCUGGGGAAGUUAACACCAAUGUGGCCUUCUGCUCUGUGCUACGCAGCCGUCUGGGAAACCAACCUCUGCUCUUCUCAGGGGAGGUAGACUGCAUAGACCCCCGGGCACCAUCCACACAGCCCCCCACCUGCUAUGUGGAGCUCAAGACCUCCAAGGAGAUGCACAGCCCAGGCCAGUGGAGGAGCUUCUACAGACACAAACUUCUGAAAUGGUGGGCUCAGUCAUUCCUUUUGGGGGUCCCAAAUGUUGUUGCUGGCUUCCGUAACCCAGAGGGUUUCGCCUGUUCCCUCAAGACCUUUCCUACCAUGGAGAUGUUUGAACACAUCAGGCUUUGCCCAGAACACAGUUGUCCAGGAUGACUCCAGACUCAUCUACCUCUUCUCCUGGGAGCCUGGCAGCCCAGUCACGGUAUCUGAACAUCGAGAUGCACCCUAUACUUUCCUGCCCAUGUGGUACGUGGAAGCCAUGACCUAGGACUUCCCAUCACCCUCUAAGACACCCUCCAAGGACUGAUGCUUCAGAGGUGCAGGCCUGUCUCUGUGUGCACAGAUAAAAGCAUAUUUCUAGGUGUUUCUUUC